ACCCCUGUCACUACCCAAAUGCUUAACUUCUUGAAAGUGGCGUUCGGACCCGGUCCCAACCCCGAGAGGCAACUUUCCACGGAUUCAUUUACUUCCAGCACCGAAAGCUUGGAUAUUCGAGUUGGCAAGCCCCCUCAUGCUCGGGCUGUGCAUAUUCCACAAUGUGCCUUGAGGGCUUGUACAACGCUGCGCCAACAAUGUGGCCAAGGAUCGACCAUCAUAAAUGCAGAUCCAAUUGUAUUUGAGGUCAUCCUAGAGUAUCUGGAUGGGAAUGGGUUAUUCGGGAAAAUGCGACCAUAUGGACAAAAUCCGCUUGAACAGUUGGUCGGUGGUAGUGAUCAGAUGCUCAAACUCGUUAAGGCGUGGCAUUUGGCGGAGAUGCUCAACCUCCCGCACUUGCAGAACAAGCUCAUUGACACGUUCCGCGUUCUUUAUGCUGGACUCCUCAAAUCACGGAUUCGGAUGCCUUUAUGUCCUGAGCCAUUUGUCUAUUUGAGGAACCACAUGAGUUACCAUACAAAGGUCGAAAAGUUCCUCGUAGACUUUUACGCUGGUUUGGCCCGGUUUGGAGAAGAUUUUCGAGCGGAAGAGUUUCAAGCUAUACCAAAAGACAUUGCCCAGCACCUUCGGCAUCGACGCGCGUACUUGGUUAAGCAAGGCCGCUACGGCGACCGCAUCGCAAGGGGCGAUUCCGACUUCAACGUCAGCAAGUCCGACGAUACGCAACGAACAAUGCUGCAAGUAUCGCCUUCGCUAGUACCUCCCACAGAGAGCAUCCUGGUUCGGCCAUCUUCUCGACGUGCGUUCUCCGCCUCGACACUGCCAAGCAUGCGUCCUCGUUCACCGAUACCACCGAGUUCUCCAAGGUUACACGGACAACAAAAUAGCCAGAACCGCGGUCAUAGAACUCGCCUCUCUCUUCCGAGUAUCACGAACGUCACAGGCCAUCCUGAAAUUUUCGUCCCACGCGGGCUGAUACAUACGCUACAAUCGACCCAAGGAGCCAAUCCUCGGCCAAAGCAACCAGACUCCUCGCCUGUGAUGACUUCGCCCUCAAAUAGGGCACCUUUCAUGGACAGCAGCCCAAGUAGGUAUCGCCGACAGUCGCAGAUGAUGGCAGAUGAUAGUUCGUCGGACGAUGGGAGCGUGUAUGACUUGUUCUUCGAGAACCUCCCAGCGUUGAAUAUCUCACAGCAGCAUCCUAUUAAGGCCAAUAAAAAAUAA